GUUACAUUUAUUAUAAAAAAAAAAAUCUCUGAAAAGAGAAGAAGAAACCGAGGAGACAUUGAAAACUCCCAUCUAUCUACCUUUUUAUCUUCUUCCCCCUCCCUUCUCUCUCUCUCUGUUUCUCUCCCAAAGUUGAACCUGCAAAUCCCUAACUCCAUAUCUCUCCAAAGUAUAUUGAAAAAGGAAGGAAGCAUGAAUUGGUUACCUGAAGAGGAAUUCAAUGACAGUUUCUUUGAUGAUCUCAUCAACCAAAUCAAUUUUCCACUUGAAGACACCACCACCAAUGGUGAGGGAGAAGAUUGGGAAUCCAAAUUUCAACACCUAGAGCCUCCUCCCAUGGACUUGUUUACUACUUUCCCCUCUGAGUUCACCUCCUCUCAUGUCAUUAACAAGGAGGUUGCCCCUGUACCUGUGUUGAAACAGUCCAGCUCUCCAUCACCUCCUGAUGUUAAAGUCUCUAAGCUAUUCCAGUCUUCAAGCCCAGUGUCAGUACUUGAGAGCAGCGACGCUUCUUUCUCGCCACAGAACUUAAUAUCUCAGUGUUUGGCUUUCCCUGUGAAAGGCAUGAGAAGCAAGCGCAAACGCCCCACAGCACAGAGAUUAAGAUUCCUUUACCCGUUUGAAGCCAGUAAGCCCGAGGCUUACUACUCUUCUGAGCAACAUGCCAAGAAGCAACGCAAGACCAGCCACACAGAGGCGAGUAGCUAUGAUGAUGGGAUAGUGAGGAGAUGCACUCAUUGCGAGACAACCAAGACUCCUCAAUGGAGGGAAGGGCCCAAUGGGCCAAAGACACUCUGCAACGCUUGUGGAGUCCGGUUCAGAUCUGGCCGUCUAGUUCCUGAAUACAGACCAGCCUCAAGCCCGACGUUUAUCCCAUCUCUGCAUUCAAACUCACACAGGAAGAUCAUCGAGAUGAGGAGGAAGGAAGGUGAUGAGUUUGACAACAGCAUGAUUCACUCCAGAGCAUAAAGACAAGAGUGCUGAGGCAGUUUUGAGUUUGGUCUUGCAAGUUUGAAACUUAUGAACUCACUGCAGGGAAGAUGGUAUUAAAAAAAAAGUAGGAGGUUAGUGACUAUUAUAAAAUCUGAUGAAGAGAGUCUUAGGGUGGUUUAGUUUAGGUCUAUUACAUAGUGUUGUCUUAUUAUGUUUCUUUAUGUGGUCUCUCCCUAUAUGUUUGCAGAAGCCUUUGUUUGCAUUUUUUUUUUAUUUUUGGUUUAGCUCUUUGAAAUAACAAUUAUUCUUUUAUUCUUCA